AUGGCAGCUCACUUGGCUUGUGCAGCAGAACUGAAUUAUUGCUGCGAGGUUUUCGCCAUUCGCCACGGCCUCACAGAUUACAAUGCAGAACGGCGCCUCCAGGGGCAGCUUGACGUGCCUUUGAAUGACAUAGGCAGGGAACAAUGCAGAGAGUGCGGCAAGAAAUUGAAGUCCAUGAUUGAAAGCGGAAAGAACUUUCAGAUUGAAGUCAUUUACUCGAGUCCUCUGAAUCGAACACGCGAGUCCGCGGAAAUAAUCCGGCAGGCGGCUGGCAUCGACUGCAAGAUUGUGCUGGAUGGGCGUAUUCAAGAGUGGAAUGCUGGAAUUCUUCAAGGUCACUUGCUGGAUGAACUGCCAGUCUUGUUCCCUAAGGAGUGGGGGGCUUGGAACAGGAGCAGGGACCCUGGGUUUGUCUUUCCAAGGGGCGAGAGCUUUCAGCAACGGUAUAAUCGGGUGAAGGAAUUCUUUUUAGAAGUUACUGCACGGCAUACCAGGCAAAGAAUAAUCGUUGUGACUCAUGGGGGUGUCCUGGACGAUUUGUUUAGACUCGUGAGGAAUAUCCCCAUGAACAUCAAAACCAAUGCACCGAAACUAAAUGCAGAACUUCACAUCGUGAAAGCCCAUACGAGCAAAGCACGAACGAUGCCGCUCAUGGCGGAGGACAAUCCAUCUGAGGAUUGUUGGAAUGAUUCUCCUAGUGCCUCCUUGACGACUUCACUGACUGAAGCACACCCGUCUGAGAGCCCAGAAAUCACUUGGGAAAUUGUGCGAUGGGGGAAAAUGUCGAAGAACGACCAGCGGCUUGCAGGAAAACUUGAAGAAACGCCUAUAGACAUUUCUCUCAGAGCUAUUGAAUAUGCAUAA